AUGUUCGUCAUUGGCUUGGUCCAGUACGACUCCAACACCAAGAGCUACACAGCAGUUGGUGAGGAUGAGUUCAAUGUCUAUCUCCAGAAGAAGGCGAUUGGGCAAACCAUGAAGUCAGUGAGACAGGUGAUGCUGGCUUUACCCUCAAAUGGAGUGGAUGAACUUCCAAUUCAACUUUCAAAGCUGAUGGUGAAGGCAGUGACAAUCAUGGCCCUGCAACCUUUGGUGGGCGCAACACGCGCUGAUGGCAUCGACUACUCGGUCUUCAUGGAGUUUCCGUGGUUCAUGCUCUUCUACGGCCUCACCUUCAUGGUCAUUGGCAUCUUCAUUGGGUACUACCUGAAGGAGGCGAUCCACGUCUUGGAGAUGGACAAGUUGCUCAAGUGGGCAGCCAACACCAUUCGGCAGAAGCAGGAGAUUAGAUUCGUGGACGACUGGGAUCCUGAACGUCGUGAACUACGACAGUUCCGGAUCUUGAAUUCGGUGGAUGAAGCUGAAUCAGGAGAAGAGUACUUCAGGGAAUGCCCAGCCGGGUUGGCAGGGUUUGUCAAGCUGGACAGAAGGCGAAGAGCCAAGUAUGGCUUUAGCGAAACGGAUCCGCUCAAUGCCUAUGACCUGACCUUGGACGAAGAAGGCGGAGAAGAAGAGGAGAUGGAGAUCGAUGAGCCGCUCCCACCGGUGGCGGCGAUUUCGGCGGCGAUGGCUCAUGGAGAAGGUGCGGAUGGAGCGAAUCUACAUGGAACCCGGAUUGCAGCAGAGCUGGAAGAUUCAACAAGCAGUGCAUGCCUGACCCAGGUUCAGAUGUUGGCGCGCAGUCUUUUAACGAUAGUGAUGGUGAAAACUUUUUCAUGGAAGAAAAAAUUGACAAAACGUUAUCAGAUGCUGUGCAAGUGGUUGAGACGCAAACUGCAGAGAUGGACGAGGAACAUUACACUCAUUACACGAGUUCUUCUUCUGAUAGUGACGCUGAAAGCGUUGUGCUCGAGGUGCACUGAGUUGUCAACAGCUACAUUGAAUUUACAUGACUUGCUGCGAGCACAGAACAUUUCGAGCUUCUCUGAACUAGCGUUUGCUUGUGGAGCGCCGAACAAAGCGCCGACAGAUGAUGAACUCAGAGCCUUCACAACCUCAGUCUUGGGCGCAGGAUUCACGGCAGGAUUCCUAGUGCAGGGCGAAACAGAGCCUUCACAUGCGUUGCUGGACAAGUGCCAACUCAUGUAUGACACAGGGGCCAUUGUAUGGAUAUCGCCUUCCUUGUGUACCGAGCGAGAAGCUGAAGUUCAAGCAGCCCCAAAAGAUUCGCAACGGGUGCUGCGAAUUGAAGCCCAGACCUUAAAGGUGAACACUGAGGGGCCAAAGGUGGCCGACGCAGACCAUGGCUCAGAGAUCAAGCUGCAAUGGUGUUUUCAGAGACGUGGGGUGGCAUUUGAGAUGUGCGAGCUGGUUUCUUGGGAAGUUUCUCAGAAGUGGUUGGCUACCCUAUUUGCGGCCUACUCUACUGAGCCUCCACCUGGUUUUGCAAGAGUUACUCUUCAACAACUUGUGGCGGCUGACAAAGCGAUGUGGACGAUUUUGGCCAGAGACAUUGCGUCAGUCAAACCUGAACUCACUGGAAAGCGACCGUUAGACGAGGCAAUUGAGAGAUUGAUGCAUGACCCUCGCAUCACCAUGUACAUGUUGGCCUUGCCCACGCGGAGUCCUGCAGCAGUUGCAGCAACCCCCAAGUCUUCAGGGUCCACACCUGCAACGGGCACAAUCCAGCCAAAGAAGAAGGCCAGGCCUAGCAAAAGGAACCGUACUCAGCCAACUCCUCCUGAAGAGCUGAAAACUUGUUACCAGCAGACGGCAGAUGGGAAGCCCAUAUGCUGGGCCUACAAUUUACAGAACGGUUGCUGCUUGGAAGCCACUGGACAGCCGCCCAAGUGCCGCAAAGGCGUCAGAAUCACCGACCGCAAACUUCUUACAGGGGGUGACAUGCGGGUUUCCGGGCGAGUGGAUGCAUCUUUACAAUAUUUGGGACUCCAAGAGGUCCCAGAAAGCAUGAAGGUUGAGCUGGUAACCAUCGGCAUCCCAAGAGAGCCUUGGGAUUUUGUGCAACAAGCUGCCUUGGUAGGACACCCACGCUUCCUACCCUAUGCAGGAAGCCCACACUUGGACACUCUGUUGGGGGCAAAUUUGGGACAGAACUGGCGUGGCUUGGAACAACACAGACUCUCUUUCUUCAAGCGAUGGCUGGCUAGAGCAAAGGAACUUGAAGUUGACGAACGGAACCUCAGAGAGCAACUGGAUGAACACGUAAGACAUGUUUUGCAAGGGAAGCGACUUCUUCUCUUCAAAGAGAUCUUGGAGGACUUAGAGUUCCCAGACAAACACUUGUUCGAGGACAUAGUGUCGGGGUUCCGACUCUCUGGAUGGAUGAGAGACUCGCAACUGUUCUUGAGCUUGCCAAGGCCUCCCAAGCUGACCUUUGAGGCUUUGCUGAGGUCAUCGGUGGGACUACAGAAGGCGGUUCUUCAAAAAGUUUCAGAGCCGGAGGACGAAGGUCUCCACCGUGCAGCUUGGACCGAAACUUUGGCAGAGCUGGACAAACACUGGAGAGAGAAGGUGCGAGUCAUAGACAACUUCAAACAAUGUGGCCUCGAUGAUGCUUGCGGCUUGCCGGAGAAGUUCACGCUGCAUGGAGUGGACUUCAUUGCGGCCUCUUUGAUACGUGCCCUUGUCUUGCGCGACAAAGGUCUCAAAGUUUGUUUGAAAGGGAAAACCUUCGACCUCAAAUCUGCCUAUAAGCAGAGAGAAGAGAUUCUUACCAAGAUCAACAACAUACUGAAGAAGGACUCACUCUCUCCAAAAGAGGCAGAGUCGUUCAAAGGGCGCAUUCAGUGGUUUGAGUCUUAUUUGUUUGGGCGCAUAGCCAACCUUUCAAUACACCGGAUCGGCAAGAGGGCGCAACAGAAAGGAGUCAAAGUCAGAAACAAACUGGAUGAAGAGUUGCGCUCCUCCUUGCUUUUCUUACGUGCCAGAGUCCAGACUGGCUCACCCCUUCUUUUGACAGCUGACACAGAGGACUCUGUUUUGAUCUUCACAGAUGGAGCUUUUGAUGCUGACACUUUGAAAGGUUCGGUUGGUGGUGUGCUUCUCAAUCAUGACGGCAUACCCUUGCGCUUCUUCAGCGAGAACAUACCAGCCUUGGUGAUGAAGCGGUUCUUGAAGGCUUCAGACAACCCCAUUUAUUUAAUUGAACUUCUGGCCGGCUAUGUAGCGGUCUUCCUUUGGGGUGGCUUGAUCGGCCGAUAUGUGGUCAUGUACAUUGACAAUGAAGCAUCGCACUUGGCUCUGAUUAAAGCCUACUCCUCAACACAGAUGGGCAACGUCAUUGUCCAGAUGUUUGUGGCAAGCGAAGACUCCUCACAAUGGAAAGUUUGGUUUGGUCGUGUCUGCAGCUACUCUAACAUAGCUGAUGCCCCGAGUCGCAUGGAAGUUCAAGACUUGGUGACUCGUGGUGCAAUGCAAGACAAAUUUGCCUGGGAUGUGAUCCUGCUUAGCCUUGAAGCGCUGGACUAUGUCUCGGUGGAUCUCUGGCAGUUGGGCGCCGUGGCCUUCUACGUCCUCACAGGACGUCAUGCCUUUGAGUCGCGCUGA